AAAACUGUAAACACAGUACUAGAGAUACAAGAUCUUAUGGCACACUCCUAACUGAGCAUGUUGGGGGAGAAGUCGAGGGUAUAAAAACCUGUGGUAGAGCUCUCUUUUGCAAGAGCUAUAGCCAAAGAGAAUCACCGAAGUAUCACUGGGAAAAGAGAAAUGUUUGUGGCACUGAAAAACCUUCUGCCACUUGGCAUACUGGCAGCAAUCAUAUGUGUCAGUGACUGUACAGGCCAUGAUGAAGGCUCAGGUUCUUGUCCACAGUUUGAGCUACUGAGGGGAAGGGAUGGGAGAGAUGGGAGAGAUGGAGCAAAGGGAGAAAAGGGAGAGGUAGGGAGUAUCGGUCUCCCUGGACGCCAGGGAGAGAUGGGGGGCCCUGGUAUUCAGGGGCCAAUUGGAAUAUCUGGUCCCCGGGGGGAAGUGGGGGAGAGAGGUGAGAGGGGAGAGAGGGGGGGAAGGGAAUGAGGGGAGACCCUGGGCUAAGAGGUCGUCAGGGAGAACAGGGAACCCAAGGUCUGCCAGUUGGAGGAGCCGUCUACACUCGCUGGGGAAACACCACCUGUCCAACCGGCCAGGGAACACAGCUGGUGUAUUCUGGAAGAGCUGGGGGAACAAGACAUGAUCACAAAGGAGGGGCAGCCAACCAUCGCUGCAUGCCAGAUGAUCCUGACUAUCUCCAGUACGUCAGUGGAGUGAACAACCAGAAUUUCGUGGCCCCCGUCGAGUACUGGUUCGCUAGAAUGCCAUCUCUGUCUCAGUUCAACAGCCACAAUGUCGCCUGUGCAGUGUGCUAUGUAGCCACCAGAGGCACUGUACUGAUGAUUCCUGCCAAGACCCAGUGUCAUUCAGGCUGGACCAGAGAGUACUAUGGUUACCUCAUGUCUAACCAUCAUAGCCUUGAUGGUCGUACAAUGUAUGAGUGUAUUGACAUAGACCCUGAGUCAGUUCCUGGACUGAAUACUCGCAGUGAUCCAAAGUCUUUGUUUUAUUUCAAUGAGAUAUACUGCAAUGGAUUCUCCUGCCCUCCUUAUGAUGCAGAGAAAGAACUGACGUGUGCUGUUUGCACUCGUUGAAACAAACACUAUACUUCAACAAAGACAAUGU